GAUGAUUAGACCGUUUCUUCCCAAGGCUUAUGUCGUAAAUGUCGUGAUUACAGAAGCCUACAAUCGUUGAAUUAUAAAACGUCACGAUUUCCCCUGAUUCCGUGAUCUCACGCAUCUCACGCAUCUCACUUCUUACAUCAAGAUCAGACCUCAUUCCGAAGCAAACCAACCCAAGAUGCAUUAUCUUCGUAUUCACAAUAGAUCAAAUCAUCCUCAGACCUUUCAAUGCCAUGGUUAUAAUGGAAACAAGGACAUAACCAUCAACGCUAAUGGCCAAGCCAACAUUGAAGCGCCAGAUGGGACCUCUGGGGCCAUCAUCGCAGUUCAUGAAGGUAUCAUUGGUGAGCAAUGUGAGAUUACCAAACAUGGCUUUGAGGGAAACGACACGAUCGACAUCAGCAAUAUUUGCGGUGCUGGCGGAAACAUGACCUGCCAGCAGGUCGGCGACCCUCCCGGAAAGUUCAAGGGCCACGAGACUUUCAUGCAGGCCUGCAACAACGCCUGGCACAAAUUGCCUCAGGCGAAGAAGGACCAACUGAAAGGUCACGUCUUCCUGGACGGCAAAGGCAAUGUAAAACGUAUUGGACCACCAAAGGACUUUCAGCCCUUAGAGCAGUUCGUCCGCACUUUCGCUAACGGGCGUACUUAUAUUGGUGUUGGGGCUUGGGGAAACAGUGCUGGCCACCCUGAAGAUAAUAAGCAAAGUCACCCGGGUAAGGGCAGCAAGGAUAUUCUCAUUGUUUAUAGUGACGGCAAUGCUGCUCCACAGGCUGAUAAGCCCUUCACCGGCCAGUCGUUCGCUGCAGUCUCGGUUAACUUGGUGGCGGUUCCAAGCGAAGGCCAAGAUGAGGGGAAGAAAAAUGUACAGGAGACAGAGGAUGUUGAUGUUGAUACAGACGGUGCGAAGGAAGAAGAGACACAGGCUACUGAAACUAUGGGUUUGAUGGCCGCAAAGGCGGUAGCGCCAAACUCCCAAAACCUUAGCCCAGGAAUUCUCUUGACAAACAAGUCCGCUAAGAAAUGCAGGUACUACUUCUAUGAUAACUAUUGGAAUGGCAAUGGCGAAGCAGGUGCCAACUUCGACAAGCCCCUGAAGGACGUUGAGGUCGGGCCUAAUGCAACGGUUCAUGUACCUCUAAGCCUAAGUUUCAAGGGUCGUGUGCAACGUGGGAAUCAGCAACCAGCUACCUGGGGUGAAUUUCAGGUCAAGGCAUCGAAUGAUGGGCGGGCUCACGGUGACAUCUCGCUACAACAGGGGUGUGACGGCGCUGCCACUGUUGCCUCAACUGACGGGACUAAUGUCUCAAAUGGUUUUGUCAAGGACAUCAUCAAAGGCGCCCCAGCAGCUGCUCUUGGCAAGAAGCCAAGCGGAGAAAAAGUACUUGCCAGCACCGAAGGGAAUUGGAACGGUCCUGGGAACCAAGCAGCUACCGACUGGGAGCACAAGCAACUAGGUACUACCAAAGCAUACAUCAAAGGCGGCACCGGGGUGCCAGACGUGGCUAGCAAGAACAACUGUCUUCACUUUACUUUCUACGUUGUUUGAAUAUCUGGUUGAAAUAGUUUUGAGUGACUUUGGGUCAUUUUUUCAUUGAGAUACACAUAUUUACACGCACGCAGGCACGCACAUAACCAUAUACACCCGUUCACAGGUUUUUACAUCGAUAUUUUCUAUUUCAUAGACUGUGUAAUCGCAUAAAGAUAUGAAACUCACUUUUCUAGUAUGGUAAACUACCGAUCCAACUGGCCAAGGCAUUCACAUGUGAUUUAGUGAUCAGCAG